AAUGCGUUCAAAAUCUAAGAUCUAGAUAUAGUCAUAUUUGUAAAAUUUCCAGUAUAUCUAUUCGUAUUAAGUAUAUAAGUAAGAUAUAAGUAAAAUAGAAGUUAGAUACGCGAUUAUAUGUUUAACAGAAUAAAACUUAGUCCUUUGUAUUAAAUGUUCUUAUGAUUUGCAGAUAGCUAAAAUAAAUAAAUAAAUAAAUAGUUAAAUAAAUAAAUAAUAAAUAAAUACUUAAGUAGUAAAAUAAAUAGAUGAGUAAGUAAUUUAUUCCAGUUACAAACGGUAACCAUUUUUAACUAACUGGGCUUCACUUUAAGUAGAUUUGCGUUAAACGAUCGCCAUAAACACAACGCCUAAAUGAUGGUAAUAUAUAUUUAUGUAACCAAGCAACCAGUAAGUGCUUUUUAUUGUUCUUUCGUUCGUUCAUUCGCCUUUAUUGACUUUUUUGACCUAUUUUUACCUUUUAGGCCCAUAUUUGCAAUUUUGAGUAUGCUGUACUACUAUGCGGUUUUUCCACCUGUACAAGUUUGCCAUGUUUUCUGUUGCCCAGAUCUCGGGCUGGAUGUGACCUAUGAGGCUUUCUCUCUCCGCACUCCACCUUGGGCACUGGAAAAGAGUAUGAGCCAAAACAUCCAUGACCAGUCAGUGCCUGAACCGUGUGAUAAUCCAAAGGUGGUGGUCCAUCCUGGUACCAUUCUUUUAGGUUUGGAAUAACCGUAUAGGUCCAUCUUCCCUUAGUCUGGCUUGACCAUUCUUCCUGCCAUUUUUGCAUCGAUUUCUUUUGCUCAUUUUCCUUCAUUUCCUUUUUUUCUUCCAUAGUUGGCGUCUCCUCAUUUGUGGUUGUAUUCGUUUCCUCUUUUAAUUUUCUGAUUUUAUUAUAUACAUUUUCAGCUUCCUUGGCUGUGUAAUCCCACGGGAGCUUUCCUGUUAAGAUACACAGCACCUCCGUCGAUACGGUUCUGUACGCUCUGCAGAUUCUGCUAAGGGGUUGCCUUUGUGCGUCUCUUAGCAUUUUAACAUUUAUUUUGUACUUCAGAGCUCGAGCCCAUAUCGGAGCCCCGUACAUUACGACCGAGUUUACCACAUUAUAAUAUAAUAAUCUAGCUUUGUAUCCAGCCCCAUUUAUGUUUGGCAUUAGAAAACUCAGAUGUAGCGCGUAUUUACUCGCUUUAUC